AUGAAUAAAUUUCGUUUUGGAACAACAACCGUCCUAAAUUUCGUUCUUGGACUACUCACUAUUCUCGAAUACGGCUAUACUGCAAGUGUUACAAAUAAAGAUGAUAUUUUCAGUAUAAAUAUUACAAUGCCCAAUUUCAAUACAACACAGGACGAUCAAUAUGCUUUUCUUCAAUAUGAAUUACCUGAUGAGGAAUUAACUAUCGUUGGAUAUUCGCCUUUGAUUAAUAUGAAUGCCGCUCAUCAUAUGUUAACAUUUGCUUGUGCUAAUCCAGGUUCUAACAAAAACAUUUGGGCUACGGGUCAAGCUUGUAAUGGUAAUGAACAAUUGAUUAUUCAUGGAUGGGCUCGUAAUGCGCCACCAAUGACAUUACCUGACGAUGUUGGAUUUCCGGUUGGUCGUAAUACGCCAUACAAAUAUAUUAUAGUCAAUAUUCACUAUCUAUCGACUAUUGUCAAUGAUAGGUCAGGAAAUCAAUUAAUUAUGAGUCGAAAGCCACGAAAAUAUCAAGCAGGUGUUAUGUUAGCUGGUACAAGUCAGAUCUAUUUGAAGCCGAAAGCACAUUCUAUUCGAACACCAUUUUCAUGUCGUUAUAAUGGACCAUCGAUUUCUAUUUUUGCUGCUCGUGUUCAUGCACAUCAAUGGGCUCGAGUUAAUUCAUUGUAUCGUGUACGUGAUGGAGUAAUUACUCAAAUAGUUAAAGGUGACCCACAGUGGCCGCAGUCAUUUUAUCCACUGCCAUCACCAAUUGAAAUUCAAAAUGAUGAUUAUCUUGUUGGACAAUGUGUUUAUGAUAAUGAUAACGAUUAUAUUGUUCGAGUCGGACCUACACAUAAAGAUGAAAUGUGUAAUGUAUAUGCCAUGUAUUCAUUUGAACCAACAAAAACAUCAACUGGAAAGCAAAAAACAGGCGCAUCUCCAAUUCAUUCAUGCUGGGACAAUGAAUUCAGUUCAAUAACUAAUCUUAUUCCACCGGACAGUGAUGUUCCUCCACGUAAACCCUCGGAUAUAGGCGGUACAAGUGAUGGCCAUCAAACUCAUGCUGAACAUGCAAUGAGUUCUUCAAUAGAUAUUGGAAAACAAUUAUCAUUAUCAUCAGUGGACGAUCCAGCUUAUGAAGAUUAUGUAGAUGAAGUUGAAAAUAUGCGUCAUCGUAAUAAAGAUUCCGACGGAUUUAAUUUCAAUAAAGUUUUAUCUCAUCUUGGUUUACCUGAAUAUGAAUACGUCGAUGCACAAAAUUAUGAUUAUUUAUUGCCAACACAUUUAACCUAUGGAAAAGAGCAAACCGUUAAAAUACAUAAUGCAAAAAUAAUGAGUUCGAAUUUAUAUAGCUGCGUCGAUUCAUGGCCUGAUGUUAAAUCACUACCAGGUCAACUUGGUGAAAUAGGUGGAUUGGCAUUAAAUAAAGCUAAUGAUGAACUUGUUGUAUUUCAUCGUGGUUCAAGAAAAUGGGAGAAUAAAUAUUUUACUGGAAAUUAUCGUUAUCGCAAUGAAAACUAUGGUCCUAUCGAUGAAGAUGUUCUUCUUCAUAUUGAUACUCGUACGGGACAAACAAAAUUUCGUUGGGGUGCAAAAAUGUUUUAUAUGCCACAUGGUUUAACAAUUGAUCAUGCGGGAAACUUUUGGUUAACUGAUAUAGCUAUGCAUCAAGUUUUUAUGUUCAAACCAAAUGAUUUAACACAUCCAGCAUUAACAGUUGGAGAAAUCUUUCAGCCAGGUUCUGGCCCAACUCAACUUUGUCGACCAGCAGAUAUUGCUGUGAUGAAAAAUGGGGAUUUCUUUGUAGCAGAUGGAUAUUGUAAUAGUCGCAUUAUAAAAUUUAAUCGUCAAGGAGAAUACAUAACUGAAUGGGGCUCAUCAAUGACUGGAGCACAAGAUAGAGAUGGUUUUCCAUUUCCAAACCAAUGGAAUAUUGUUCAUUCGAUUGCAUUAAAUGAGGAUGCUCAAUUAUUAUGUGGUGCCGACCGUGAAAACUAUCGUAUUCAAUGUUUUGAUGCAAAUACAGGUGAAUUUCAGAGACAAAUUCGUGUUGAAACAAAAGAUAACAUUGGUCCAAUUUAUGCUAUUGAAUUCGCACCGAAUACAAAUGGGACAGUUCUAUUUGCGGUUACAGGUGGUACAGAUACACCAGUAAAAAAAGUUUAUAUGAUUGAUGCUCGAACAGGAGAUAUUUUAACAUCAUUUGAUUCAAAUCCGCACUUAAUUGCUCCACAUGAUAUUGCUGUAUCAACAAAUGGUCGUGAAGUUUACGUUGGUGAAUUAGCUUCAUCACCUAUCAAUGCUUUACAUAAGUUUGAAUUGGCUACACGUAGAGAUCUUCCAACACAAACAUUCAGUAAACGAAUCUAUCUAAAUGAUAGAAAUUUCCGCGUUUCAUUAAUUAUUAUGGGAUUCUUUGCCAUUCCGGUUCUUCUUGCCGUUAUCAUCGGAUGCUUUGUUCGAAUAAGAAAUCUUCGUAAACUUCGUCGUCUAAAUCUAUUUUUAAAUGAUGUUAAAGUUUCGAGUACUGGUUCUAGUUCUGUACUUGGCGAUUGGAUGAAUAGACGUAAAGGUUUCGAAAAGUUAGAUCAAUGUUCUGAUGGAGAAAAUGAACCAUUAGAUAAUGAAAUUAAUGAUGAUUUAAACAUAAAUUCAAAUGAUGAAAUAAACCAGCAACCAACAGCAUCAACAUCCGUUAAUAAUGGAGUUGCAUUUAAAAUGGGCGCAAGUCUUUGA